UUCCAGUUUAGAGCAAGAAGCUCGUUGAGGCCUCAGCUGUUCUGGUGCGGCAGCAGAAGUAACCGUUUCUCCGUUCUCUCCACGCCUCUCUUCGUCUUAUCACAUUUCGUUUCAUUGAAUAAAUUCUGAACAAAGCAAGGUUAUCCUUCCCUUGGUGAAAAUGAGAGCACAACCAUCUGCAUUAGAUUAGCAACGAGAAAAUCUGCUGAUAAAAAGAAGAAAAAAAUAGACGAAGAACGGGAAGAAAGACGUAAAGAAAAGUAAAGAAAAUAAAAGAAGAAGAAUUAAAAGAAUAAAAAAAAGGUGAAAAUUGCUGACGAUGAACAUGAUGAUGAUGAUGGAAAAUAACCAAACGCCCACCUUCGAAAGUGUUUUUGGGUGCCAGACGAUCGACUACACGUUUGAAAAUAUAUCCAUUGACAACAUGUCCGCCUCGCAAUUCGGUGCGGAAAACUGUUUGUUGGAUACGGUGCAGAUGGACGUUGGCGAUAAGAUCUAUGCCUUCUCGACACCGGUGAUUUUUGCUAUGGGCAUAUUGGGUAACUCUAUUUCGUUGAAGAUAUUCUUAUCGAAAAAUUUCCGGCGCCAAGCAGGCGGCGUGUAUUUGGCGUCGCUGUCUUGUGCCGAUAUAUUCGCUUUGGUAUUCUACGUUAUGACAGAAUGGCUGAAGAAAAUACCGCUGUUUCUAAUGUACAGACGUAAGAUACCCGUCUUAGAUACAGAAGGAAUGUGCCAAAUGAUACAGUUCUUAUCAUACACGUUCCGUUUUCUUUCUUCUUGGCUGGUAGUCAUAUUCACCGUCGAAAGAUACAUUGGUGUGUGUCAUCCCUUCAAAAGGCUCGAAUGGUGCACGACGAAAACAGCGCGAAGAAGCAUAGGGUUUCUGGUGAUCCUUUCGCUCGCCAUCAACUCUUAUAAACCUGCAUUGACCAAAGUUUAUCGACUUCACGGCGACUUAACAAAGUGUACCGGAAAUUUAGACUACAGAUAUCUUUCGUUCGUCUUGGACAGUAUCUAUGCCGUCUCCAUUACAUUUGUACCGUUCGUAUUUAUCUUCAUGCUCAACGUGCUUAUUAUUCGAGCAUUGGUCCGUUUAAAGCGAAGGCAAAAGACCAACCAGGUGAAAGCCAAAGAAGCUGUCGGUCGAACAGACUUCACACUUUUAUUAUUGAUGAUAUCCUUCUGUUUCAUAGCGUUCAAACUUCCAUUUUUCGUUAUCUGGUGCCAACAGUUCUUCUUCACCAUUAAACUGGAGAGAAGUGACUUAGACGAAAUCAACGACCACAAUAGGCUGUUGGUAAUGAAAGAAGCUCUGAACAUAUCUAGAAUCAUAUUUUACAUGAGUUACGUUACAAAUUUCUUUCUCUACAGUUUUGUGGGGUCUUCCUUCCGUCUUGAAUUGAAGCGACUAUUGUCAUGUCGCCACAAGAAAGGACGUAGCAACAACUGGACGCCACAACGAACAUAUUUACGUUCCGAAAUAAGCCAUGUGGAAUCCUUUCACCGUAACACGACUGGUAAGCACCAGAGUAUAGAUGAAGUAUGAAAAUUCAUUUUGAAAGACAGUAAUGGUGUACGAAAGCAACAUUGCGUGAACAGCGCACAAGAACAAAACUAACGGACAAGAAAACGAUCCCCGGUUUGACGCAAAUGAACGUUCGUAUACACGUGAUACAAUGGAACGGAACUAAAAGAAUUGAUGAGCUUGUUCCUGCACACAUGCAUACAUAAAACAUUCAUGCAGAUUUCUUCAUAAUUUUCAUUUAUUCAUUUAUAAAUAUAACUAUAUAAAUAUAUA